GAGCACAGAACUUUCCCUGGUUGUUGCAGAACAAGUUUGGUACUAAACAACCUUUACUAAAACAUCCGCACCAGGCGCAUCAGAUCCAAAACCUUUUCAUUUAAAUUUGAAGAACAGAAUGAAAAUUUAACGAUGUAUUCUAUUUUCGUAAUCCUUUUAUACUUUAUUCAGACUUCACUCCAGUAUGAUUCCGGAAAGUUUUUAAUCUACAAUGAAGAUCAUAAAAAAUGUAUAAGAGCUCUCGCUUCUGGCCAAAUCUCGACUGCGACUUGUAAUGACAACAGCGACUUUCACAAAUUCAGAUGGAUUUCUGAACACCAGCUAAUCAAUGUUGGUAUGAAACAAUGUUUGGGGGUCUCUGCCAAGAAAGACACUGCUCUAGUGACUCUGUACCCGUGUGAUGGGGCAAGUGAACUUCAGAAAUGGGAAUGCAGGAAUGAAACCCUUUUUGCAAUUCAAGGAGAAAACCUGUAUUUGAACUAUGGCAACACACAAGAUAAAGUUAUCCUUUACAAAGGAUCUGGAGCAUGGAGCAGGUGGAAGGUAUACGGAACCACCGAUGAUAUAUGUACUAAGGCCUAUGAAGAUGUCUAUACAAUAAAGGGGAAUGCUAAUGGUCAACCAUGUGUAUUCCCUUUUAAAUACAAAAACAAGUGGUAUGCAGACUGUACGUUGGAGGGGAGGUCUGACGGACUUUAUUGGUGUUCGACAACAUCAGAAUAUGACAAAGACAAAUUGUAUGGAUUCUGUCCAUCCCAAGUCUCUAAAGACUUUUUUUGGUUUACUGAUCCCAUGACUGGUGUCCUUUAUCAAAUGAAUUUAAACUCGGCACUUACUUGGUACCAAGCACGGAGAAGCUGCCAACAACAAGAUUCUGAAUUACUAAGUGUGACACAGAUAUUCGAGCAGUCAUAUCUCACAGGAUUAACAAAUAAUGUCAAUACCGCUUUUUGGAUUGGUCUUAACAGUUUAAACUUCAAUACUGGUUGGCAAUGGAGCAGUGGAAACCCAUUUAACUAUCUUAAUUGGCUUCCAGGAAAUCCAUCAAUAGAACCUGGGAAGAAUUGUGUUGCUCUAAACCCUGGAAAGAAUGCAAAAUGGGAGAACCGGGAAUGCGGGCAAAAACUUGGAUACAUUUGUAAGAAAGGCAACAUAACAUCAAGCAGAUUUCUACUGCCAACUGAGACUGACGACCCAGUCCAAUGUCCACCAUCUUGGAUACCAUACGCUGGACACUGCUAUGCCGUGAAAAAGGAAACUAAAAUGUGGAAGACUGCAUUGUCUUCGUGUAGGAAAGAAGAAGGGGAUCUGGCCAGUGUGCACCAUGUUGAAGAAUUAAGUUUUAUUAUUUCUCAAUUCGACUUUGGUAAAGAGACUCGGGUUUGGAUUGGACUGAAUAACCUGAAAAUUCAGUUGUAUUACGAGUGGAGUGAUGGAACGCCUGUAACGUACACCACGUGGCGCAGAGGCGAACCAUCUCAUCUGGACAAUCGAGAGGAGGAUUGUGUUGCACUUGACCCCAAGGAAGGUCUUUGGUCAGACGAAUUGUGUGAAAAAAAGUUUCCAUAUAUUUGCAAGAGGAAACCAUUGUCGUUGGAUCCUGAUCAUGUGAUUACUGUCGACGAAGGCUGCAAGAAGGGUUGGAAAAGACAUGGAUUCUAUUGUUACCUUAUUAGUGAAACAGCAGCAUCAUUUUCAGACGCUAAUGAUACCUGUCAUCAAAAUUCAGCUUUCCUGAUGACCGUUGAAGACAGGUAUGAACAGGCGUAUUUAACAAGUCUACUUGGACUUAGGCCAGAAAAAUACUUUUGGACUGGCCUAUCCGACAUGGAGCAAAGAGGGAAUUUCAUCUGGUCCAAUGGUGAAAAGGUUAUGUUUACGCACUGGGAUGCCAUGAUGCCAGGAAGAAAACAGGGAUGCGUUGUAAUGAGAACUGGAAUUAAAGGUGGAUUGUGGGAUAUCAUAAACUGCUCGGAAAAAGCUAAGUAUGUUUGCAAGCAGUGGGCAGCAGGAGUAACGCCACCUCCAAUCCCAACCACUACCCCUGAACCAAAAUGCCCGGAUGGGUGGAAUACAUCACCCAGUACAAGCUCAUGUUACAAAUCUUAUACCAGAGAAAUGGGAAAAAAGAAGUCAUGGUUUGAAGCGAGAGAUUUUUGUAUAGCCCUUGGAGGAGAUUUAUUGAGCAUUCAUAACAGAGAAGAACAAAGUGCAGUGUGGUCAAUCCUUCGGCAAAAUGGGUAUUACCAUCAAGUUUUCUGGAUAGGACUCCAAAACACAAAUCCUAAUGAAGGCUUUACAUGGUCAGAUAAUACACCAAUGUCCUAUGAAAACUGGGCAUAUGGUGAACCCAACAAUUACCAAGAGGUAGAGCUUUGUGGGGAAAUAAACGCUGAUCACAGCUUUACGUGGAAUGAUCGACAUUGUGCCACUCCGCAAGACUGGAUUUGUAAGCUGAGAAAAGGUGCUGUGUUAAGACCAGAGCCAACAGAUUCUUCUUUUCCAGCAUUUGAGAUCACCCACGAUGGAUGGAUAGUUUCCAAGGACACACAAUAUUACAUAAGCAAAGAUGAGGUUCCAAUGGAUAAAGCACGGGAAUUUUGUAAAAACAAUUUUGGUGACCUUGUCGUUAUCAACGGUGAAACAGAAAAAAUGUUCCUUUGGAAAUACAUUGUACAGCAUGGGAAGUUUGAUCACUACUUCAUUGGUUUGAAAUUAGGGCUGGAUAGAGAAUUUAGAUGGAUGGAUGGUUCCCCCAUAGAUUUUACAUCAUGGGAUAUCUAUGAGCCCAACUUUGCAAAUAACGAUGAGAACUGUGUUGUCAUGUAUAAAAAUCUGGGGAACUGGAAUGAUAUAAACUGUGGUUACCCAAAUCCAUACAUCUGUGAAAGGAAAAACAGCUCCAUCAAUGCAACAUUUGCACCAACAGCACCUGCACCACCUGGCGGAUGCCCAUCCGACUGGCUUUCAUUUAGAAAACGGUGCUACAAAUUUUUUGGCGAUGAGGAGGCGGAACUAAAAGACUGGCAUGAGGCACGGACAAUGUGCAUACAAUUUGAGGGAAAUUUGGUUAGUAUAGAAGAUGAACUUUUACAAGCUGUUCUCACUUAUCAUUCAAAAACAUCAAAGUAUGAUCUAUGGAUUGGAAUGAAUGAUGUAAAUUCAGAGCACAAAUUCCUCUGGACUGAUCAAACUGGAGUUCAUUAUGUGAACUGGGCCAAGGGUCAUCCGUCAGGAAGCCAUAUAUAUGCCCACAAUGAUGAUACCGAUUGUGUGGCUAUGAAGCGGGGAAAUAUUUUGGAUGCAGGAAUGUGGACAGAGGAAGAAUGUACACUGAAGAAAGGAUACAUUUGUCAAAAAAACAAAAAUCCUGCACUUCCUAUAAUGCCGACGUCGGUUCCAACUUCUAACUUUUUUACAUAUGGGAAUAACAGCUAUAAGAUUGUUACAGCCAAAAUGAAAUGGGAUGAAGCCCGUCGAUUGUGCAAAGCAGAUGAUUCAGAGCUUGUCAGCAUCUUAGAUGAAUAUGACCAGUCUUUUUUGAAGGCUCGUACCGUUAGAUACCACGAGCCUUUUUGGAUUGGUCUUAACAGUAACAUGACAAAUAAACAGUACAAGUGGAUUGAUAAUUGGAGACUACGAUAUACUAAGUGGGCUGCAGGUGAACCCAAGAUGAAAGCAGCCUGUGUCUAUGUGGAUGUUAAUGGCCAGUGGAAAACAUCCUCUUGUAAUGAGAAUUAUUUCUCAAUCUGCAAACGUUCUAACGUUAUUGCACCUACUGACCCACCACAACAACCUGGAAGAUGCCCAGAUGCAAAAGACAAACCAUGGGUUCCUUUUCGAGGUUCUUGUUACCUUUUUGAAUCGUCAUACACGAGAAACUGGGCUCAAGCCUCCCUUGACUGUCUUCAAAAAGGCAGCUCAUUAGUUUCAGUCGACGAUGCCACUGAAUCUGCCUUUUUAUGGUACCACAUCGAACAACUGUCGGACAGGGUUGAUACUUUUUGGAUUGGAAUGUUCAAAAACGUAGAAGAGCAAUGGCUUUGGUUAGACAACGCUCCAGUUGACUACGUCAACUGGAAUGACGGUGAACCAUCUGACCAUUCUUCUGAGGAGUGUGUUGAAAUGUACUCGACAAAGGGAACCUGGAAUAAUCUUUACUGUUCCGCAUACAGAGGGUAUAUCUGUAAAAGACCAAAGUUGCCUGAGCCUACGGAAAAGACUGAGGAAAAAGAGCCAAGUAAAAAAGAACUAUCUUCACAUGGUGUAACUGGUGGCGUUGUGCUCCUUGUAAUGCUUGUUGUAGUGGGGGUCACAGUUGCACUCUACUAUGUCUACAGAAGAAGGCAGAACAAGCCACCUCCACCACCGGACUCUAAUUUUGACAACACAUUAUAUUUUAACGGUGACCGCUUUCCUGGAACUGGUGAUACAAAUGUUCUUGUGGAAAAUAUUGAGCAAAAUGAGCAUGCUAUCUCUUAGUAUCAGCUAUUAAAGAUACGAAUGUGAAAAAAUUCCUUGGACGCAAAAUAUUCUAAAUCAGUGCUGUUGUUUACAGUUUAUAUGCAACAAAAUGUAGCUUCACACAUGCUUUCACAACCUCAAAGGUUUUUUCUUAGAAGGCAUGGACAAAAGGGGACCUUUGAUGUCCUGAAAGCUUAUAUGACUCUCAUUUUGUUCCCAUGUUGGCCCAUUAAAACAUAUCACCUACAACCAAAGACUUAUCAAUCUGGGAACAAUAUCGCUACAGCCAAUUUCUUUACACAGUGGAAAUAAACCAAUUAGUUAUUUCUGUAAUUAUUCAGAUAAUAGCAAACACGAUGACAAAAUGUUAUAUUAUUAUCCAAAUACUUCUACAAAAGCAUAUAUGCGAGUAGUGGAAGAAAUAACAAUAGAAGUUUUUACAUAGAACCUCCAUUGAUUUUAAUAGAAUACUGAAGAGGAAAUGAAGCUUCCUAAUAUGCAGUUUAUAAAACCAAACCUACUCCUAUACAGCUGUACUAUAGCACACCAUAUGGGUAAUCUCACAGAUUGAAAGUUCUACAUAAAGAGAAAAGCAAACCACGUGUGUUCAGGCUGCCUUUAGCAGGUAAAAUUAUACAGAUGUCUUGUCAUUUAGGUUCAAUAUAUAUUUAAUAUACGUUAUUAUAUAGAGGAGGGUUUGUAAACCAGUUGCCGAGAAGCUUGUUAAAAGCAUGUUUUUCACAGUUACAUGCAGUGAGAAAUUAAGAGAUGGUGUUCUUACACUUAAAUAAGUGCUUAUUAAUUAAUAUAUCAUCAUUAUCUAUGCCCCUCAGUGUCCCUUCAUUUCAUAUACUAGCUCAAGGUCCCUGCACAUAGGAUAAUCGUCAUACCUGGGAACUUUCCGGGAUUGACUCAAAGCCUCUGGGUGAAGCACUGAUUCCCGGAGUCUUUGGGUCACUUUUGCUUUUUGGACAGGGAAAAAUUGUUUGGCCACACCCACUUCCACGCCCACUUCACCUCCUACUCCCAGCCUCCUUACAUGGCUGGCUCUGUCACUGCCCUAGCCUGAGAAGUCCCAAGGAAUGCUAAUUGUGUCAUCGCGAGAGACUAAUAAAGUGUCAUAUUGGUUCAGCACAUUCCAGAAACAUAUGUUUUAGUGCUAUAGGACAGAUCAGUAGAUUGCAAUUAAUAAUCUGUUUACGCUGGAAAAAGUAGGCAGAUACUCUUUACAAAGGGGUUGUGAAUGUAUGAUUUAGCAAUGCUUUGCACUGUUGCAGUGACUGAAUAUUUAUUUAGAUCAGUGGUUUACAAGUUUGCGUUGAAUGAAUAAUUAAACCAUAAUGCGACUUUUACAAACUCUGAAUCACAAAUCGCACUUUUCUAAAUCAAUAAUCAAAAAACAAUAAAACCAGACAAAUUCACAAAUCUACUUCCUUGUUUGUUCUACAAUCAUUGUUUUGCAAAUAGUGUGAAAUAAAAAGAUUCCUUUGAUUCA